AUUUCGUUGUCUUGAUUCAACGUGAUCGGUCGCAAAGUGUCUGAUACUGUUGUAACUCUUUUUUUUCCCUCAAUAUUCAUUCCAGUGAUUUGUUUCUUUAAUUUCGUUCACGUCCACAGAUUUGCAAGCACAUUUGGUGCGCAGUUUCAAAUAAAAAUUGUCGUUAUUUGUGUUUUGCCGUGCCGCGCUGCGCCGUCCGAAAUAAUUGAAAAAUAUGUUUACAUUUCCGUUGAUUUGAUUGUUGAACGGUUUUUUUUUUCAUGCACCCGAAAGGAAAGAAAAAACAAGCGUAAAUAAUUUAUCCGAUUUCGUAUUGUGCGAGUGUGUAGUAAGAAAAAAGUAUUUGCGAAUCGAAUCCGAACCAAAAAAAAAAAUUACAACAUUGCCAUUGCAAUUCGGAUAGACGAAGCAAAUAGACAUUUUGAAAGAAGAAAAAAACGGCCCAAAACACUUACCAAAUUCAGUGCGCUACGAAAUCAAAUACAUUUAAUUGGAGCACGAAAAUAAGUAGAAAACCGAUCGAUUGGCAUUUUUGGUUGAAUAAUAAUAAUAAAUUCAAAGCAGAAAAUAAAAACCACAACGUUUUAUAUAUAUUAUCAAAUCAGAACUAAAUUUCUGUGUGGCGCUGAACCAUUUGGCCAUUUUUGAAGUUCAGCGAAUAACGGUUGACCAGAAAUUUUCCAUGCAAUUGCACCUGAAAUGUAUCCUUCAAAUUGAUUCGAUUCGACCACAUUCAGACAUUUUCGUUUUCAAUCAGACAGAGACACGCUCAGCGAAAUCGAAAUCAUAACCAAAUUAUAGAGUCGUAAUAAUUAAUACAGACAGCAAAGCAAAUCCAAACAAAAAAAACUAAUAAUAAUAUUGAUUCGUUAUUCUGCUUCCCUCUCUAUGCAUGUGUAUGUGUUUGGCAUGAAAAAAAGUAGUUAUUGUUUAAUAAUCAGUUACGUUGAAAGUGAACAACAAAACAACCCAGCCAGUGCAAAUUGAACGAUAGAAGAAAGAAAAAACCGAAUCGGCUCGAACUCUCGCUCGAUACCAGCUGCAAACAAAAGAGAGAGAGAGAAAAAAAAUACAAUUUCAUUUUAUGCAUUGUUUGGCAAUAGUUCUACGCGCGUGUGAAACGACCGACGGAGAAAACGAGAGUGAGUGCAUUCCAAUUGAUCCAUUGUUGAGCAUGGAUUUACCUAGAUUUUGACUGAUUUACAACAUUACAAACAAAAGCCAAACAACACCAACUGAAGUGUUGAUCGUUGCAUCUCAGCUCAUCAUACCAGAUCUUAUGAGGCGCUUCGUGUAUGUGAGAGAUUGGACUCUCGAACGGUAACGGUAUCUUCAUUUUUUGUUCGUUGUUGUUGUUGCUGCGGAUUCGUGUAUAAUCAAAGUGUGUAAUCAAGAAGUUCAUUUGCGCAUUUUCUCAUCUCUCACUCGGGGUAUGUGUAUGUGUGGAGAUAAUCGGUGAUACGUGCAAGUGAAAACGCUCAACUAAAUCACAAACCGUAAUCGGCUCUACGCAAUUUUACGCUCGGAGCGUGGGUGAUGGUAAAAAGACUAAGAUCGCGAAUGCAAACUCUAAUUACCUAAUGAAAUCGGAACAAUAGCGAAAUAGAGUCUAACCGAAAAAGAUUAAAAACUGUGUAAAAGAAAAGUGUAAAGAGUGCACUCAUUUAAAUUAAAUUUUGAAACGAGAAAAAAAACAACCAAAUCGAAAACGAAGCGUAAAACGGAGAAAAAAAAACCAUGGUGAACAAACAAUACAAUGUACAGAAUUUAGGUAAAAACAAAACGAAAAAUUCAAAUCAAAUCGACGUAGAAACAUUGAAACAAACCAUUACCGUUAUACCAAACGAUACGACGAAUUUGAACAUCAGCUCAGGUGGAGCAAAUGACGGCUAUCAAUCACAGCAGAAUGUUUUCGAACAAAAUAUAAAGCAACAGUUUUACUAUAGCCUCACCGAUUCGCUGGACGGACACUUUGAACAGAAGCACAGUGGUGGCUUUAGUGACGAUUCAAUGGUAGAUAUUGUCAAAAAUAGCAGUAACAUUGCAGGUGCUACAGACGCCGAUACACAAUCACAAAAACAUUUAUCAAUUAAUGAUAUCGGACGUUUCCAAUAUAUUUUACAAAUGGACCGAGAAAUGGGAAUGUCACAAUCAAACGAUGGUGUUUUUCGGUUGCCACCAUUGAUACCGACCUCAUCGUCACCGUCAUCCAAUUCAAAUUCAAUCAGCAGUGGCCAUCGCAUCGGCUACUGGAAAGCUGAUUCACAAACACCGAUUUCGUCGAAUGCGCUACCAACAGACGCCGAAUCACGUCGACAUCGAUGGCAGUCGGCACGACAAAUAUGGAGAUAUGUAAUUUGGCCGGUGGCUCUGUUGCUGGUGUGUGUAAUGGUAGCGGGUGUAGUUUAUUUCUUGAUAGCCAGCCAGAAUUUAUCAUCGAAUUCAAAGCGGCACGGACACUCAUCGCACGAACCAAAUGCCAUAAACUUUUUGAAUAAUUACAAUAGUAUAAAUCGUAACAGUCGACCGAAUGAACCAAAUCCUCCAGUGUUGAAUGUUCCCUCGCACCACCAACCCGUCCAUCCCAGUACACACGGCGAUUAUUCGACGUUCAGGCUACCAACAACAAUAAGACCGCCGACAACCAUAAGAUCGGUGUCAACAGCAAAAUUACCAAUUGCUUCCAAAAUACCCACAACAAUACGUCCGGUUUCAUCGUCACCAUCGAACUUUUUCGUUAGUACGACGACAGCGAAUGUGGUUUCGGCCAAAACUCCAAGCGUCAAAGUCUUAACGCCAGUUACAUCGAGCACCAUUAAACCAUUGAAUGAAAAUACGGCUGUCAAGGACACAUCAAACGUGAAAAAUGUGAAAAUUUACACGAAUUCAAGCCCUCGGCGCAAAUUGCCACAACCAGCUCCAAAACAUACUACACUGUUGUUACCAUCGGCCGAUGAUUUGGACGAAAAUGCCGUUGAACGAUCAAAACUUCUAUUCCCAAGCAAAGAAACGCUAGAAAAUUUCGGCUUUACUUCUGGCCAUCAAAAUAGCUUUGGCAUUCCAAUUGAAGAAGACGAACGUGUCUUACGCAUGCUUAACCAUCAAUUAGCCAGCCAGAAUAGCGAGCCAGCAUUAAAGCAAAGCAACGACUUUUUCCUAAUUGACAUCACAACCGAUGCUAAUGUUCAUCAAACAAAGGUUUCACCAACAUUGCCCAAUAUCAAAAGGAAUUUCGCUACCACCGAACGCAUACGGCCUGUCAAUGUCACUACUGAUGACGGUAUUUGUCAAUCAACGACGUUGCCUCUUUGUCGAGGUAUUUUGCCGUAUGAUUUAACCAAUGUGAAAAUGGCUAAAUCGAUAACGCCUCAGGACUUGGAACAUUUUCAAUAUUUGAUUGAAUCAAAAUGCUCGAAACGUUCACACGAAUUUGUAUGCUCGAUUUUAGAGCCGGAAUGUCGACCCGAAAAAAUGGGCCCAUUACUUCCGUGCAAACGAAUUUGUAAAGCCAUCCAAGAAGCAUGUGCCGAUAUUGUAGCCUCAACGGAAAUGUUGGCCGCCACAUUCGAUUGCGAUAUUUAUCCGAAUUCACACGACGAACGUGAGUGCAAAGACGUUACACGCGGAACGAAAUGCUACAAGAAUGAAUUCCAAUGUAGCGAUCAAACCUGUAUACCUUCAACGUGGCAGUGCGACAACAUCAGAGAUUGUCCGAACGCUGAAGACGAAGAGAAUUGUUCGUAUUGUGAAGAAAAUGAGUUCAAAUGUAUCGGAAGUGAUAAAUGUAUACCUGAAAAAUGGCAUUGCGAUCAGUACGAAGAUUGUCCCGAUGCUUCCGAUGAACAAGAUUGUGAGUUUGCUGAUGAGAGUCAAACAAGAGAUCCAACAAUUGGCAACGCACGAACAUUCCCAUUUGCCAAUACAAUUGCUCCGACAAGAGUGCCAGACUUGCUGGUUUUAACCGGAGAUCGACUCAAAUCACCGAAAGAUAAACCUGUUAUAAAAACAAAAUUGACACCAAUCUCGUUGAAUGACCCCGUUAACAGUGUGGACAAAGGUAAACGCAGCCGCGUCAAAAACACAACACUUGACGACAUCUUCGGUAAUGAUGAUGACGAUGAAAUUCAAGGUGACGCUUCUGGUAUUACGGUACCAAUAUCCAAAAGUCUUGCUAAUUUCAAAGAUAGCAAGGAGAUUAUGAUGACCAGCGACUCAGAAUCGGAAUACAAAUAUUCAAGUUCUAACUAUGUUCAAGUAAAAGCCUCGCAGGCAUAUAUUUCACAGUGCCCGGAUGGCGAAUUGCGAUGCGUAAACGGACACUGCAUUACGAUCAGUCAGUUAUGCGAUAAGAUUACGGACUGUCCUGAUGGUGCCGAUGAGGCAAUGUGCACAUACUAAAAUCUUCGUCAUUACUUUAUUCCAUCCCAUAUAUAGUUCCAACUUAACAAAAAUCCCAUCAUUCCUUCGCGUCAAUUUUAUAUUUAGACCAUAAUAUAUACUAUCAAGAAUAAUAAGCUACUAGACCUAAGUUCUAUAUUGUCAAACAUACAAUAUUUCUUUAGCAUUAAGAAUUGACGGAAAAAACAACAACAUGAAUCUAAUCAAUCAAUCGUUCUAUUUGUAUUGGCUUUUUUUUUGAAAAAUCAACCCAUUGCAUAUUUUUGUGAUAAAUUUUACACAAACGAAGAUGUUUUAUUUUCCUCCAACAUUUAUAUUUUAGCUCCAUUUGUAUCCAUUUCUUUUUCGAUAUUCCUUUAAAAUAAAUACAUUCCUUCUUUUUUAUUUUCAAUAAAA